CCGACGUUUUUCCAUCCAUUACCCUCAAGGGUUAAUCAGUCUAUAUGGUACAAGCAUUCAUAGCGCUGCAAUAACGGACCACUUCGAAGUACUACCAUCUUCAACACUGUCGGUGGACUGAUUAACUGAAACGACCCUCUCUAUCACAUCUCCUUUCUCUCUCUAGAAAUUCAUGAGCUCACACUCUGGGCAAGCUCCCCUGUCGUAUUCUUUCCUCACACGUCAAUUCAUAUUUCUACACUUUUAAUUAACGAAAACUGACCUAAUAUCCACUCAUUAACAGCUAUACACACGCGAAUUUUCCCUUAUAUGUCUUUUGUCUAGAGAGAUAAAAUCAGAGAAAAUCAGAGGAGAGAAGAGGAAACAGCCAGUGGCUAUUACUUCUACUCGAUCUGUCUUUGCUUCCAUCUCCAUUUCUCAUUUUCUCCUUCUGCAUUCCCCGCCGAUCGUCUGUUUUCAUCCUCAAUUCUCAGCGUUUCGAACUAAGAUCUCUAUUGAUAGUCGAUCGUGUUUUGUAUCUCAGUCGCGGGUGACGGCGGCGAUUGCCGAUUGGAUCUGAGAUUUUCAAAGACGAAUUCUACCUAUUCUGGAAUGUUAUAUUCUGAGUUGAAGCUUGUAUUUUGCUGAUUGUGAGUCCACUGCUCUGGGCAAAGUUCAGCGAAAAUGGAAUCUGAAGCAGAGACCAAGGGGAAGCCCUUGAAGAACAUGGCCAGCCAAGUGUGUCAGAUAUGUAGUGAUAAUGUGGGUUUGACUGUUGAUGGUGAGCCAUUUGUUGCUUGCGACGUCUGCGCAUUUCCAGUUUGCAGACCUUGUUAUGAAUAUGAGAGGAAGGAUGGAAACCAAUCUUGUCCACAGUGCAAAACCAGAUACAAGAGACAUAAAGGAAGUCCUGCAAUUCGUGGUGAUGGAGAGGAUGCUGAUGGUGCUGAUGAUCACAAUUACUCUGAAAAUCAGGGUGACAAGCAGAAGGUUUCAGAGCGCAUGUUGAGCUGGCAUAUGAAUUAUGGACGAGGGGAAGGUUCAGUGCCAAAGUAUGAUAAGGAGGUCUCCCACAACCACAUUCCGCUGCUUACAAAUGGAACUGAUGUGUCUGGAGAACUAUCUGCUGCAUCACCUGGACGUCUCUCAAUGGCAUCUCCACCUCCUGGUGGUGGUGGAAAACGUAAACUUCUGUCCUUUUCCCUUUCUUCUCCGGUAUGUAAUAUUGUAUUUUCAGCUAGGAUUGUGGAUCCAGUAAGGGAGUUUGGAUCACCAGGCUUAGGCAAUGUUGCCUGGAAAGAAAGAGUUGAUGGCUGGAAAAUGAAGCAGGAAAAGCCUGUUGCUCCAAUGACUGCUCCACUGACUGCUAGUCAUCCCCCUUCCGAAAGAGGAGCUGGAGAUAUUGAUGCAAGCACAGAUAUUCUUGUGGAUGAUUCUCUACUGAAUGAUGAGGCUCGACAACCGCUGUCAAGGAAGGUUUCAAUCCCAUCUUCAAGGAUAAACCCUUAUAGGAUGGUCAUUGUCUUGCGGCUGGUGAUUAUCUGCAUUUUCUUACACUAUCGAAUAACAAAUCCUGUAUCCAAUGCGUAUGCUUUGUGGUUGAUCUCUGUAAUAUGUGAGAUAUGGUUUGCUAUAUCCUGGAUUCUGGAUCAAUUUCCCAAAUGGCUUCCCGUAAACCGUGAAACUUAUUUGGACAGGCUUGCUCUUAGGUAUGAUCGCGAAGGAGAACCAUCACAGUUAGCCGCUGUUGACAUAUUUGUCAGUACUGUUGAUCCCCUAAAGGAGCCUCCUCUUGUUACAGCUAAUACUGUUCUGUCCAUUCUUGCGGUGGACUAUCCAGUGGACAAGGUUUCGUGCUAUGUUUCUGAUGAUGGUGCUGCCAUGUUGUCAUUUGAAUCUCUGUCAGAAACAUCUGAAUUUGCAAGGAAGUGGGUCCCAUUUUGUAAAAAGUACAAUAUUGAGCCACGAGCUCCAGAAUGGUACUUUGCUCAAAAAAUCGACUACUUGAAAGAUAAAGUCCAGCCAUCAUUCGUAAAAGACCGUAGGGCCAUGAAGAGAGAAUAUGAAGAAUUCAAAAUUCGUAUCAAUGGACUUGUUGCCAAAGCUCAAAAAGUUCCUGAAGAAGGUUGGAUCAUGCAAGAUGGAACACCGUGGCCUGGAAACAAUACAAGAGAUCAUCCAGGAAUGAUCCAGGUUUUCCUGGGCCAAAGUGGAGGUCUUGACAGUGAGGGUAAUGAGCUGCCUAGGUUGGUAUAUGUUUCUCGUGAGAAGCGUCCAGGGUUCCAGCAUCACAAGAAGGCUGGUGCUAUGAAUGCUCUUGUUCGCGUGUCAGCAGUUCUUACCAAUGGACCUUUCUUGUUGAAUCUUGAUUGUGAUCACUACAUUAACAACAGCAAGGCCUUGCGAGAAGCAAUGUGCUUUCUGAUGGACCCAAAUCUUGGAAAAUAUGUUUGCUAUGUGCAAUUUCCCCAAAGAUUUGAUGGUAUUGAUAGGAGUGAUCGAUAUGCCAAUCGCAACACUGUCUUCUUUGAUAUUAACUUGAGAGGUUUAGAUGGCAUUCAAGGCCCCGUAUAUGUCGGCACUGGAUGUGUCUUCAACAGAACAGCUUUGUAUGGAUAUGAGCCUCCUCACAAACCUAAGCAUAAGAAACCUGGUUUUCUCUCUUCCUGCUUUGGCCGAUCAAGUAAGAAAAACUCUAAAUCAAGUAAGAAGGGGUCUGAUAAAAAGAAAUCUAGCAAGCAUGUUGACCCUACUGUUCCCAUCUUCAGCUUGGAGGAUAUAGAAGAAGGAGUUGAAGGUGCUGGAUUUGAUGACGAGAAGUCACUGCUCAUGUCUCAAAUGAGCCUCGAGAAAAGAUUCGGGCAAUCAGCAGUUUUUGUUGCAUCUACUUUGAUGGAGAAUGGCGGUGUCCCCCAAUCUGCCACACCAGAGACUCUUCUGAAAGAGGCGAUUCAUGUCAUUAGCUGUGGGUACGAAGACAAGACUGAAUGGGGAAGUGAGAUAGGAUGGAUUUACGGUUCUGUGACAGAAGAUAUUCUGACGGGUUUCAAGAUGCAUGCCCGUGGCUGGCGCUCGAUUUACUGCAUGCCCCCAAGGCCGGCCUUCAAGGGCUCUGCUCCUAUCAAUCUUUCUGAUCGUCUGAAUCAAGUGCUUCGGUGGGCCCUCGGGUCUGUGGAGAUUCUGUUUAGCAGGCAUUGCCCGAUAUGGUACGGCUAUGGUGGCAGGUUAAAAUGGCUGGAGAGGUUCGCAUAUGUCAACACCACUAUUUACCCUGUCACCGCCAUUCCUCUUCUACUCUACUGCACGUUACCAGCCGUCUGUUUGCUCACAGGAAAAUUCAUUAUCCCACAGAUUAGUAAUCUGGCAAGCAUAUGGUUCUUGUCCCUAUUUCUCUCGAUUUUCGCGACCGGCAUUCUCGAAAUGCGGUGGAGUGGCGUGGGCAUAGACGAGUGGUGGAGGAACGAGCAGUUUUGGGUCAUCGGUGGUGUGUCGGCCCACCUUUUUGCCGUGUUCCAAGGCCUGCUCAAGGUGCUAGCUGGCAUCGACACCAAUUUCACGGUCACUUCAAAGGCGUCAGACGAAGAUGGGGACUUUGCUGAGCUGUACAUGUUCAAGUGGACGACACUUCUCAUCCCACCCACAACUCUCCUCAUUGUCAACAUAGUCGGGGUUGUGGCUGGUGUCUCUUAUGCCAUAAACAGCGGGUACCAGUCGUGGGGCCCACUCUUUGGCAAGCUCUUCUUUGCAUUUUGGGUGAUUGUCCAUCUUUACCCCUUCCUCAAGGGUCUCAUGGGCAGACAGAACAGAACCCCGACUAUCGUUGUUGUUUGGUCUAUUCUCCUUGCCUCCAUCUUCUCCCUCCUUUGGGUCCGGGUCGACCCGUUUACCACCCGGGUCACGGGCCCUGAUGUCGAGCAGUGUGGAAUCAAUUGCUGAUUUAGCUUCAACUNUUUAAAUCGAUAUU